UCCACCAAGCGUAAGGCCGGGGGGAGCGCGCGGUGCCUCCCGCCGCCUGGCACGGACCGGCCAGAAGCGGACUUACUGACCGAGCGGCGGCUCUGAGAGCUCCAGGGCAGGCAGGGUCGGGAGCCUCCCGCCAGCCUCUCUGGCCGAAGGAGGAGCGAAGGCGGGGCGGUCCCGGAGCGCGCAGGGAAGAAAAAAAAAAGUUUUGCCCGGAGUUUGUGCAGGCGGCGGCGGCGGCGGCGAGGAUGGACGCCCUCAAAUCCGCCGGCAGGGCCAUCAUCCGCAGCCCCAGCAUCGCCAAGCAGAGUUGGGCCAGCGGCCGGCACAAGAAACUCCCUGAGAACUGGACAGACACCCGAGAGACCUUACUGGAGGGCAUGCUCUUCAACCUGAAGUACCUGGGCAUGACAUUGGUUGAGCAGCCUAAAGGAGAAGAAUUAUCUGCAACAGCUGUCAAAAGGAUUGUGGCAACGGCAAAGGCCAGUGGGAAAAAACUCCGAAAAGUGACUGUGAAAGUAUCACCCAGAGGGAUCGUUCUCAGUGACAGCAUAACAAAUGAAGCCAUUGAAAAUGUGUCAAUAUACAGGAUAUCCUACUGUACAGCAGACAAAGUGCAUGACAAAGUGUUUGCCUACAUUGCUCAGAGUCAGCACAAUGAGAACUUGGAGUGCCAUGCUUUCCUCUGUUCCAAGAAGAAAAUGGCCCAAGCCGUCACGCUCACAGUUGCUCAGGCUUUCAAGGUAGCGUUUGAAUUUUGGCAGGCGUCCAAGGAAGAGAAGGAGAAGAGAGACAAAGCCAUCUUGGAAGCAGAGUCCGCCAGCAGCCUAAAUUCAGAUACUUCCUCCCCAAAAGCACCCGUCACUGUAGAAAACCUGCUAGACUUGGAAAAUGUAACCAAAGCUCCUUUGAACACAAAUUCUGUGCACGCGGAUGGCCGAAUCCUUGGGUCCCCUUCGUCAGAAAACAACAACGUGUGGGCAAUGAAUGACGAACUGGAUGAAGCAUUUUCAAGGCUGGCACAGUCCCGAACCAACCCACAAGUCCUUGACAUCAGCCUGACAUCUCAAGACAUCCAAAGUGCUCAAAUCCUCUCACCGGUUGACUGGGACAAAGUAGAUUCCACAAUGGAGACCGAAAAAGAUGACCAACUCUUUGAGUUCUGACAUCUUUUUUUUUGUUUCCCUUGAUAAGCUUUUUUUCUCCUCAAGUAAGAUAACCUCUAAGAACCUGAUGCACUGUAUUCUGCUGACUGUAACUGGAAAAGGUUAAUGAAAAGAAAAGAGGCCCCAAAGCCUUGAUUUGGUUUAGGUAGGAGUCAUGUUGACGCCCUUCAACUUUUGACCAAAGUUUUACUUCAGCUUUUCCCCCCAAGUGUCUUCCAGAUAUAUUAGGACUAUAGCAAUGGUCGGCAACCUUAAAAACUCAAAGAGCCACAAAGGUCCUAACCAGAAGCCCCCCCAUUCAAUUCUGGA